CGUGUGUUCCUUGCGGCCUUGUCUAAGCGUUAUUGCGUUGAGACUUCCACGUUCUCCUGUGCUGUUUAUCUUGCAGCCGCUCAACUCUUUGACUAUUCGACUGAGACUGUAGAUACCGUCAUCCUCUCGUUGUGCUAUACCAACCUGGCGACUGGGCUUCGAGACCUGUCUUUAAUUACACGAUGCGGCUCAUUGACGUUGCUGCUAUACUCGAUGUUGAGGAAGGUAUCGACCAAGGGAAUGGGGUUAACCCCAAUACCGAAAUCAUCAAAUGGUUUUGCGGCCCUGACCUUGAGGACAAAGAAUAUGCCAUUCUAUCGCAUUGCUGGGGCGUGGCAAAGCAGGGCGAGAAAGAGGUCUCGUUUAAGGAAAUGACCAAGCUUUUACUUAUGGAUAAGGGAAGGAGAAAUGAGAUCAGAGGGCGCACCGGGUACAAGAAGAUAGUUGACACCUGCAAACAGGCGAAGAAAGACGGUCUGGAGUGGGCGUGGGUCGACACUUGUUGCAUUGAUAAAAGAAGCAGCUCCGAACUAUCAGAAUCAAUCAACUCAAUGUACCAGUGGUACAAAAACGCGAAACAAUGUUACAACUACCUCCACGACACCGUUGGGGACUCUUGGACGGACCGGAGAGAGUCGACGGUCAUUCCAAAGUGGUUUUCGCGAGGUUGGACCCUUCAAGAACUCAUUGCACCCAAGCUUGCCCAUUUCUUCGAUCAGAAGUGGGAAUUCAUAGGCGACAAAACUCAACUUGCAGACUCUCUCAGUGUCGUUGCGCGAGUCCCCGCGCAUGUCCUGAAGUAUGGACUGGAUGGAACGCGUCCGAGUGUAGCCCAGGUUAUGUCCUGGGCUGCUGACCGGACGACAACACGGGAGGAGGACCGGGCGUAUUCGCUAUUGGGGCUCCUCGGUGUGCACAUGCCGAUGCUUUACGGGGAGGGAAAGAAUGCAUUUCGUCGUUUACAACUGGAAAUCAUUCGCAUGUCCAACGACCACAGCAUCUUUGCGUGGGGCCACACAUGGAAGUCGGGGUGGUCCAGUAGCUUCUUGGCGGACGACCCGAGCUGGUUCAGAGAUUGUGGCAGCAUU